UUUCUUUGUUGAUAGACAACUUCAACGUUCUCAUCUUCUCUUUCUACCAACAUUCCCAGAAAAUUCAUCUCUGCAUAUAUAUAUAGGAAGUCUCCAGGUGUCUUACGGAAGACGUGAUUAGGAACAAUUUUCUCUCCAAGUGCCUCAAACAAUAAUCAGUCAGAAAAUAAAAAUCUGGUUUUGGUUUGAGAUAGUUUCUGGAUUUGCGUUGUUUUGGCUGCGUAGUACGUCAGAGAUCAUAUUUAUAUCGAUCAAAAUCAUGGGAGAUUGCAGGCCAUUGGGUUUCUUGCUGGGUUUGCCUUUUGCUUUGAUCGCAUUGGUCUUGUCUGUUCUCGGUGCUAUCAUCUGGGUUUUCGGGACGGUGUUGAGUUGCUUGUGCCCGUGCUGCAUUUGUUUUAGUGGAUUAGCGAAUCUUGCAGUUUCUCUUAUCAAGCUUCCUGUCAAAAUUAUUACAUGGUUUAUUGACCAGAUCCCUUGUUGAUCAUGUCUCUCACAUUUCUUGUAUGUUUGUACAUUUCUUUCUUUUUACUUGUUGAUUCUUUAUCAUUGUAUUUUAAGAUUUUAUUAGAUUCGAAUAAAAACGUUUACAUCGUAUGAAACA